GUGCUUGUUGCUGAGCAGUGAGGUCUGGUUAGCUUCUGGCAACAUGAUUCAGUAGACUUUUAAGUUAACUAGCUUAGAUGUUUAAACAGUUCGAGUAUUUGCAGAUGAACUAAUGUUUUCUUCUUCCUGGAGACCUUCAAAUAAUUUAAGCCCAUCUUAAAGGUGGAAAUUAAAUACUUAGAAAAUGCUCAGUUUGCCUGUAUUUAGAAGCAGUUCAGAGUAGAUACUUGGGGAUUGUCCUCAUCAGCUUAACUACUUUCUGCACAAUGUUGUUCAGCAAAGUGCUUCAAGUUUAAGGUAAGAUCCCUUUACAUCAGAUUAGUAGUUAGGUUGUUGUGAUGUGGCAGGUGUGUUAGUAGACACAUGGAUCAUGGAUCCAGAAGUGUUCAUUCUCUAUGUAGAUUGAUAGAGGUGGUUUAGUAAGGGAACUAUGAAUUUAUUGCAAGUCAGUAGUAGAAGUGAGCGUUCUGUGUUCUCAGCAUCAGAAAUAGAAAGUUUUGACAUUGUUUUGGGCCUAAAGUAUUUGAAUGUUUUUAUGCUGAAGAGCUGAUAAAAUUGCAUGUUCAUAGCAAAAUGUUAAUUACAUAUUUUUAAGUACUGUUAAUAUUCAUAAUGUGAUAACGAAUAACAAAUCCUUUCAUGGUUUAGCAUAAUAUGUAUUCAAAUCUGACUAUUAGUUAUGUUUCAAGUCCUGUUCUGCCAGAAUUCUUGAAUCAAGUCUGUUUUUUAUUGUUUUGAUCUAAAUUGGUGAGAAUUGAAUGCUAUCUGUCAACGUUAAAUAUGAACAUGAUUUCGUAUCUUCUAGGAAAGUGCUUUAUGCCCUUUUUGUAAGCUUGGGAAUGUAUCCACGGAAAGGAUUUUUCAUAGACGGAAUUACCAGAAGUGAAUCAAACUACUAUUAGAGCAUAAGAGUGCAUGACUGUACUGUGUAGAUGAGCUGUCUGUUGAAAGUUAGAUUGUAUGUUUGUCAGUUAUAUGACUAAAGCUAUGUUUGAAUCUGUUUAUGUUUAAAUGUAAGUUUUUUAACUUGAAGUUCCGCUAAUUUAAAACAUUUAAAUAUAUAAGAUGAGGUAAAAAGUGUCUUGAAUUUUAGAACUGUUUUGUUUAAUGCUUAAUUGUAUUUUUUGUAUAUUUUCCACAUUAACUUGCAUAGAUAUUAUUCUUAAUGAAUUCUUAAUGCAGCCCGUGUUCAAGCUGUUUAUGCCAUGGGGUGUGUUAAGAAUUGAGUUGCUAUAUUUUGUAAUAAUGGAACUUCAUAUUACUGCAAUGCAUAUUUUAAAAAUACUUGUUGAAAGUAUACCAUUCGCCUAAAGUUAAAUUCUGGUUUAUUUAAAGCUAUAAGAAGAAUCAUUUCUGGGCUUGUGAUGUUAAUAUUGCCCCCCUACUGGGGUUAUUUGUCCUUGGGUUGAAGGGUUGGAAAUCGUGCCAAAUGGGAUAACAUUGCCGGUGGACUUCCAGGGGAGGAGUACGGGGGAGGCCUUCGUGCAGUUUGCUUCACAGGAAAUAGCUGAAAAGGCUCUAAAGAAACACAAGGAAAGAAUAGGGCACAGGUAUAUUGAAAUCUUUAAGAGCAGCCGAGCUGAAGUUAGAACUCACUAUGACCCACCACGAAAGCUAAUGGCCAUGCAGCGGCCAGGUCCCUAUGACAGACCUGGGGCUGGCAGGGGAUAUAACAGCAUUGGCAGAGGAGCUGGCUUUGAAAGGAUGCGGCGUGGUGCUUAUGGUGGAGGUUAUGGAGGCUAUGAUGAUUAUAAUGGCUAUAAUGAUGGCUAUGGAUUUGGGUCAGAUAGAUUUGGAAGAGACCUCAAUUACUGUUUUUCAGGAAUGUCUGAUCACAGAUAUGGAGAUGGUGGUUCUACUUUCCAGAGCACCACAGGUCACUGUGUACACAUGAGGGGACUACCUUACAGAGCAACCGAGAAUGACAUUUAUAACUUUUUUUCACCACUCAACCCUGUGAGAGUACAUAUUGAAAUUGGUCCUGAUGGUAGAGUAACUGGUGAAGCAGAUGUUGAGUUUGCAACUCAUGAAGAUGCGGUGGCAGCUAUGUCAAAAGACAAAGCCAAUAUGCAACACAGAUAUGUAGAACUCUUCUUGAAUUCUACAGCAGGAGCAAGCGGUGGUGCUUACGAACACAGAUAUGUAGAACUCUUCUUGAAUUCUACAGCAGGAGCAAGCGGUGGUGCUUAUGGUAGCCAAAUGAUGGGAGGCAUGGGCUUGUCAAACCAAUCCAGUUAUGGUGGCCCAGCCAGCCAGCAGCUGAGUGGUGGUUAUGGAGGUGGCUAUGGCGGCCAGAGCAGCAUGAGCGGAUAUGGUAGCCAAGGAACAGUGAACAGCAGCUACUACAGUAGCGGAAGCCGUGCAUCUAUGGGCGUGAACGGAAUGGGCGGGAUGUCUAGCAUGUCCAGUAUGAGUGGUGGAUGGGGAAUGUAAUUGAUCCUGAUCACUGACUCUUGGUCAACAUUUUUUAAAGAAAAAAAAUGAAAGUUUAACAGUCUCGCAGUACAAGCUUGUGAUUUAUGCUUGCUUUAAAUGGAAAUCAGGAUUGUUUUAAAAGAUUUAAGGUUCGGUAUUAAACAGACAACCUGACAGACAACCUAGGAUGUAACAACAACAUUGAGUAAACUAUAACUGUUAAAACAAUUUUCAGCUUUUCUCAAGUUAGUUAUAUUGUAGGAUGUACUUAAGCAGUAAGUGUAUUUAGGUUAAAGCAGUUGAAUUAUGUUGAGUGUUGCUCUUAUACUACAUCACAUUGAACACUGUUUGGAUGCAUGUUGAAAGACAUGCUUUUUGUAAAACUCAAUAUAUAGGAGCUGUGUCCAAUUAAAGGUGAAACAUUUGGCAUGUUUGUUAAUCCUAGUUUCAUUUACUCUAAGGCACGUAAGUUUAAGCUUUUUAAGUUAAUGGGGGAAAUUUGAGAUGCAAUACCAAUACUUAGGAUUUUGGUCUUGGUGUUUGUAUUAAAUUCUGAGGCCUUGAUUUAAAUCUUCAUUGUAUUGUGACUUCCUUUAGGUGUAUUGCGCUAAGUGAAACUUGUCAAAUAAAUCUUCCUUUUAAAAACUG